AUUCGGUUCACAUUUCCAAUACGUGUGCACACGUCCCCUCCAAUCAUCCCCUCCAACUUGGAGUGGGGAUAAUCCGUUCGGCCACGCUAGAGUGGGUCAAGGGAGAGUGUGGCCGAUACAGGGGCUUGUCGCUGAUUGGCUCCGCCAUAGUGAGAACAACUUCCUGUAUUCCCAUACAUAUAUGUAUACAUUUUACGUAGUUCUAAAGGUAAUAUAUAUAUUUAUAUUUAAAAAUGAGUUUAUUAUAAUGGGAAGGAGCUUAAAAAACAUCUAAAUGUUAAAUCUGAGUUGGAAAGAUGCCGGGUUGUGCAGUAGAAGGAUGUAAAAAUUCGUCUAGACAAAACGUCAAAAUGAACAGAUUGCCAAGAGAUUCCAUAAGAAGAACUAAAUGGAUUACUAAUUGUGAAACACUUGGUGGAAUGAAAAAUUGGUCCCCACUUGACACUGCAGCUUUAUGCGAAGUAGGUUUUUUCAACUUUAAUCAAGAUAUACUCACAUUUAUAGUUGAAAGGAUAGUACCGAGGAAAAUCGCUCAGGAUAGCAGGUUGGGCGGUUUCGACUGAGAGAAACUAUUCAGAUUCGUAGCACUAGUUAACGAUGUAUAUAUUUAACAAAAUAAAUGAAUAGUACAAGAAUUUACAAAACUACUUAACCGACACUCAGACGGCGAAAUAUAAGACUCGCGCGCGAGACUACAAAGACUCUCGAGAUACUCCUGGUUUCGGCUUCCUUCUGCCUGGGAUCUCUUCUCGGAGGAGAGUGAGUCCCCUUGUUCGCGCGUGGAGUCCGUACGCUCGCUCCGCUUCGCCACGCAUGCGCUUUCGAAUCGCCCGCUAAGUGGGGCUGCUCGGACCGCGCUGGUGGCGCGCUGUGUGCUCCGCUGUGCCGCCGCGGCGCGCAGGCGCGUUACCGCCCGAUACCUUAAGCCUAUCACACAAUGCCAGGCAACAGGCAA